AUGGCCUUGAGAGGGCUUUGGCUCAUCAGCCAUGAAAAAGAUGCACAGGGAAAUGUGCUGUUUUCCAGGCGUUACCCCACAGUCGAAACGCGAGCGAAAUGUUUCAACGGGGCCAGCUACGUGGCCGUGCCAGAAGACUACCCUUUCCUGAAAGCGCUGCUCUUUGAGUUAAGGCUGACGGGUGAAGAGCACAGUUUCAUUGAGCGUCAAGAUGGCUGUGCCCGCAUCAACAAGACCUCCGUCUACGCUCUUCAGACCGAACGUGGUGACCUCUGGCCCAUUGUGGCCUUCCAAAAAAGUGGGUUGAUCUACGCUGCCGUCCCGCUGGUCGAGCAGUCUUUGAACCCGCGCCCGGCUCUCAUCAGCAUUGGUGGGAUUUCUCAGGCCUUUGCCCUCUUGUCGGGGAUGCUGGCCUUCAUGAACUCUAGCCAGAAGAACGAAGCUGAGAAGAAUGCCAAAGUCGGUCAGCUCCCAAGCUUGCUCAUGCACGCCUGUCCGCUGGGCACUCCGCUCGAGACGAACUUGAAUGGCUCGUUGUCAGAAAGCAGUCCCCUCGCUCCGAGCGCCCACCCUCUGAAACCGCCAGCCUGGAGAACCUGCACGUACAAGGGAAAGCCUCAAGUUAAUAUCUGUAUCGUUGAAAAAGUCAAGUCUGUGCAGUACAACAAAAGGGAGGUGGCAGACAUGUGGCAGGUUUACGGGGCUGUAAGUUGCAAGUGUGACAUAGAAGGUGCUGCUCCCAACGUGUCGGUCAGCUUGAACCUCCCUGCCAAUGGCUCUCCGCUCCAGGAUAUCUUGGUCCACCCUUGCGUUACUUCUCUUGACUCAGCCAUUCUCACAAGCAGUAGCGUCGACGCAAUGGACGACUCGGCUUUCAGCGGGCCUUACAAGUUCCCUUUAACACCGCCUCCGGACCAGUUCAGUCUCUGCUAUUAUACUUCCCAGGUGCCUGUUCCACCUAUUUUAGGGUUUUACCAGCUGAAGGAGGAAGAAUUGCAGUGGAAAUUAACUCUGCAGCUGAAGCUUCAUGAGAGCGUGAAGAACUCGUUUGAAUACUGCGAGGCCCGCAUUCCCUUUUUCAAUAGGGGCCCCAUUACUCACUUGGAGUACAGAAUCACCUACGGCCAACUGGAGGUGUCAAAGGAGAAAAGCUUGCUGGUUUGGGUCAUCGGGCAGAAGUUUCCCAAAUCCUUGGAAAUUUCCCUGACCGGAACUGUGGCUUUUGGUGCCACGAGUCAACAGCAAGCGACCGAUCCCAUGUGCACCGGAGGCACUGCCUACGUCAAACUUUAUUUCAGGAUCCUGGAUUUCACGCUGACCGGCUGCUACACAGACCAGCAUUCCAUUCAAGUCUUUGCUGCAGGCAAACCAAAGAUCAGUGCAGCCCGAGAAGUGCUUUCUUCUGAUUACUACAUCUGGAAUUCCAAAGCCCCAGCGCCUGUCGUGUAUAGAACUUUGCUGUUCUAAUUUUUUCCUUCAUUUUGUACCAGAAAAGAAAAACAAAUUUGCUGAAAUAUUUUAACCUGUGUUAUUUGUUAUUUAAGA